AUGACCGAAGCGACCGAGUCAUCCCGCGAUUUACACCAAAGUGUUGAUAACGAUAGUCAAGGUGGGAAUCCCGGAAGCUGCAAAGGAAAACGCAAUCCCCAAGAUUCUCGUAAACCAGGAACAUCAAUAGCGGCAGUUCGAAGGGUACUCAAGUUGGAGUACGUGGAUGGCAUCCUGGUACCUCCCAUAUCCUUCAACCGCGACAUCCUUAUCGACGCCCUCCGGUACCAGGCCAGAGAAGGGGACAUCUUCCUGGCCACCUACCCGAAGACAGGAGCCACGUGGACGCAGUACAUCCUCUGGGUUCUUCUGAACCUGGAAAAGGGAACGGCGUUACCACCUUUUAUUGAGAUCGUGACCAGCCUUGCGCCUUUCCUGGAACUCGUUGGCAGAGAUGCUAUAGAGCGCCUUCCUGAACCACGGAUCAUCAAGCAUCACCUGCCCUUCUCCAGGUCUCCGUACCACCCGAAGGCCAAGUACGUGGUCAUCGUACGGAACCCAUUCGACUGCGUCGUUUCUUUCUACCACCACUGUCUCGGCGAUCGACUCAACAUGGGCAUGAGGGCCGACACCACGUUCGACGAAUUCUUCGAGGAUUUCAUGGACGGCCAUGUCCCCUUCGGAGAAUACUUCGAACACAUCCUCUCCUGGUACGCACACCGAAAUGACCCGAAUGUGUUUUUCUUCUACUACGAGGAGCUCAGGGAGCACCAGACCCAAGGAAUCCUGAAGAUAGCUGAAUUCAUCGACGAGUCUCUUGCCGACAGACUCCGUAAGGAUGAAGGGCUCCUGAAAGAUGUUGUUCAAAGAACGACCUUCGAAAACAUGAAGGCAAACGUUACGAUUGACGGAGACGUACACAAGACGGAACAAGGUGAAGAGACAGAUGACCCGAGUGCCUUCAUACCUCUAAAGAACUUCUUCCGCAAGGGACGUGUUGGAGAUUGGAGGUCCUACUUCAACAAAGAUCAAGAACAGAGACUUCGCAGCGUAUACGAAAGAAGAAUGCAGGGAACAGAAAUGUGGGGCGUUUGGAAGGAAUAUUUAGGAUACGACGACGAUGUCACGCCCCUGUAG